ACCACUGGACUUGUAGGAUUGGCUGUAGCGGAAAACCCUCAUGAGCGCCUGCGAAUCCUGUACACAAAAAUCCUAGCUGUCCUGCAGGACAUUCCCAAAGAUGCAGCGUAUAGAAAAUACACUGAGCAGAUUGUAAAUGAGAGAUUUAGUUUGGUGCAAAAAGAGACUGAUGUGCAAAAGCUACAAGACAAACUGAAUAGUGGCCACAUAGAAGAAGUCAUUGUGCAGGCUGAAAAUGAGCUCUCCCUGGCAAGAAAAAUGAUACAGUGGAAACCGUGGGAGCCUCUAGUUGAAGAACCUCCUUCUGACCAGUGGAGAUGGCCCAUAUAAUUUUCAAAAUGGUGUAACCUCUUCAAAGUAAAAAAAAAAAGUUAAUUAUUAAUCUAUUGUUACUGACAGUUGUCUUUAAAUUAAAGAUAAUAACUUCAUAAAAAACAUGUUUUGUCC